CCCAUCACAAGUUGUGCGUAACGAGGCAUUUGACACUCCUGUUCCGGACAGUACUAUCGUAACAGUAACCCUCCCAAGUUUUUUUUAAAUGGAUAAGUGUUUCGACACAAGCGGUUAUACCUUCAUAUUAUUUAUAUCCCUUAUCAACAUCAUGGUAAUAGGAGGCAACCAUUUUUUUUUUACCAUGAGUGUAGGUACAGCUGCCGUAUUGCGCCAAAAAGCUCUCGUAAAGAAAAUGCAAUUCUGCUCAGCGGCGUACCUUGAAAUCGUGGGCUGUGCGAUUGCUGCGAGCCUGCGACAGUUGGGUCCGGCCAAGCUACAGGCGUUCAUAAUUCUGUCUAGCUUUUUAUUUUAUUAUAUGAAUUAAUAAUAUUGCUUCUUGAUAUGAAAAAGCAAGUGACUUUUGCUAACGUAGUCAAAUUCCACAACAACGUGCAUGGACAUCAACAGGACAACCCCAUGUAUACUGGAUUACAGUACUCCAAAAGAGCACCGGGCAGUGUAAACCUCAGCAGUGGUUUAAGAACCUUGAGACUGCCAGCACCCAGUCGACAUAUGAAAACCAUUCACAUACCCAAGACUAUAGCAAAGGCUCCCUUUCUAGAGAACUCCUAUCUGACACCUGGUCAGAGGCGGUACCUGCAUACCAUUGCAGACACCUGCAGCACGGGGCACGUGCACAAGCUAAUUCAGCAGCACUAUAUGAACGUGUUGCACAGGUGUAUUCAAGCAGGCCAACAUCUGGUGAAGGAUGACAUAGUGGGGAACCAGGAGGUUGAGUCACUGCCCAAUGAAAAUGAGAGUGAGAUCCAGAAACAAUCUGGUCCAAAGAACCGUGAACGGAAAAGUUCUGUGCGUUCUGGGAAAACCACUCUCCCGAAAAUCCCCAAUCGACAUUCGAGGACAUUCUCUGACAACUCGCCGUCAAAACACAGGAAGGCCAAGAAGCACACUGCUAACAGAGUCGCCACAAUGAAAAAACCCAAGCCUGGACGGUCCAAGCUGUGGGAGGAUGACCUCCCUUUUGACCUGGAGGAGGCGGAUGACUCGCUGAGCGAAUGCCUGAGCUCACUGUCUAUGAUGGAGGAAGAGUACGAUCCCAUGGGAUUGACAGCAUCCCCCAUCAACUUACCUGAUUUAUGAGAACACGCUCCUGGGCCUGAUUUAAACAUUACAGCUGCCGUAAGUCUUACUACGUAAGGAGAACACAAUUCUGACAGUGAUAUGAGAUUUUUAUUACGGGAAAAAUUGGAAUAAGAUAAACUACAGGAAAAUUCCAACGUCUAAAAGAACUCAUUGCAUGAGGGAAAUAAAAAAAAAUGGCACCAAAUAUUUCUUUAAUGACAUUAUGCACAUACAUGUGACAUUAUUGCAUUCUCUACAGACACCAGGAUGGAUGGUCAAAUA